AUGCGGGAGCAGAGCGCGAAAUGGCAAGAGAUUUGGAAGCGCGAGGGCGAGGCGGUUCGAGCUUCGCUUCAGCAAGCGCAGGAUAGCAGCACUUUGAGCGGUAAACGACUCGUUGUGCGUCUCGCUGAAAAGUCGAUGGAACUUUCUAAACAAAAACGCGAAACAGAAGAGACGAAGCGCGCCUACGCAACGGCUUUGAGCGUCGCAGAGCAGGAGGCUCUGGUGGCUAAAGCUGAGCAAACUGAGCUCGAGCGCAUCGCCAAUGACCUCAGGGCAGAACUCAACGAGCAGGAAGAGGCGCGCUUUGUUGAGCAAGGCAUCGCAAAUGAGGCUUGCCGCGGCCUCAAGUCCGAGAAAGAAGAGCGACAGCAUGCUCAAGAGCAGUGGCGUCUUGCACAGAGGGAGGUGGAGAGGCUCAACAAAGUCGUCGUGAGGCUGGAAAGGGAGCGCAAGGUGUCAGAUAGCAGGCACAUGCAACAGAUGGAGCGAUACUCGCGGAUUCUUGCCAGCAAGAACAAGGAGUUGGAAGUCAACGGAAAAAGUUCUCCGGGAAGGCAGCGUCGUCGCUCCUGCGACGUCCGUCACACGACAGAGAGGUCAGAUGUUGCACAAAACUGCGGUGAUGAGGACGCCGAUUCCUUCUCUGGCAGUCGAGAGGCAGCGAAAGCCUCGUUGACAAGCUUGGAAAGCAGUGAGGAUCACAAAGAAGAGUCGCACGAUGAAGAUCUCUCUGUGAGUGCUUCUACCGUUCGCGUGCUCUUGAUGUGUAGUCACUGAUCGGACUUGCUUCUCCAAAAUGUCAAGCUGGACGAAAGCGCAGACAUGGCUGUGUGCUUCGAAAAUGCAAACGAGGCAGCGUCGGCUGCAUCUUUGGGCGAGAGUCUGUCUAGAAGUGGAUAUACGGACUCCUCUGGCACUUCUUUGGCGCACACGAGCGCAUAUAGCGAGAAUAGCUCGUAUGGGAAGACGCGCACCGUUCUGAAAGAACACGUGACGCUAUCUCUAGCACUGAUCAAGACGAAAGGAGAGCAUCACGGGCUCAAAAGCUUGGCAGAGCUUCGCAUCGGCUCACGUCUGCCCAUCCUUUCGCGCCAUGCGGUCCUGGCCGAGUAG